UCUAAGAGCCCUGAGUUCAUGUAUUUAUGGGUACCUAAGGUACCCUCAUCCUAAUACAUGUACCUAGGUACCUGUAACCUUCGUUCACAUUGGCUUUCAUUGUUCGUGUUUGAACUUCUACGAAGUAUAGCUCUCCUUAACAACCAGCUAGGAAACGGCCGCUUGGGAUCCGCGAAAAAUCCCAACCUUCAAUAUGGCAUUAAAUCGAAAAUAUGCCGCAUUGCCAGAUCUAGACUCUGCGCCUGACAUUUAUGAGACUCCCGAGUUGACGGACGACAAUUCUACUGUUCCUACUACUGCAGGUCGGUCGCAGUCGGACAACGAAUUCGACGAAGAUGAUGACGACGAUAUCCACGAAAUCUCGCAUUCGCGACUCCGAAUAGACCAAGCUCGGUCUCGAUUCUUACCUGCACAGGUUGACGCUCGAGACGUGGAUUUCUCUGAUCGGCUGAACGGAAAGCGAAAAUCAUAUAAGACCUCUAGCCGAAGACAACGAACUCUCGAAGACGGUACUGAACAGAUCGGCGAUUUGAGUGACGAAGAGGGAGGUGAGGAUCUACAGAGAAAGAUCGCACGGCUAAAGCGCGAGAUUGAGGAAGCUAAGGAAGAAUAUGGUAAACGGAAGUCUGAGUCGGCGGAGGCUAUACCAGACCAAGAUAUAGACCUUGUCUCGCUAAGCCAGGCAUUGGAGGAGAUUUCGACUGUUCCAGAAAGAGCAAUAGCGACUAGAGAUCACCCAACAACGGUCACCAGCAAGCAAUCGAAGGGCGAGAAUCAAAUAUCAGCCCAGUCGCCAUUAGACGAGGCAACAUACACCGUCACCUACGCACCGAGUUAUGAACAGAGCCACGCCCUCGCCAAAGCUGCCGACUUCGAUCGGCGACUGGUAUUACUCGAGAAAGCUAUUGGUAUUACUUCGUCGACUAUGCCCGAACUGGAAGGCAAAGGCCUACACCGAGCUAUCAUGCCUACCCUGGAAACGCUCCAGAACCAGAUUUUGACGUUAUCGGAAGCGUCUACUUCAUCCCUCGACAGCAUUAGUCGCCGAGUACGGACGUUAACUCAAGAAGCUGAGCAAUUAGAGAAGUCGAGGAAGGCAGCUAAGGCAGCCCAGGAUUCCCUUGCCUCUUCGGGUAGUUCUCCAAUUGAAGCAGAUGAUUCAGAACAAACAGCCAAGAUAAACGCUCUCUAUGGGACACUACCAACCAUCGAAAGCUUAGCGCCUCUUCUACCUCCACUACUAGACAGGCUCCGCUCACUAAGAGCUAUCCAUGCCGAUGCAGCGACAGCUAAUGAGACGCUCGAGCGUAUCGAAAGAUCGCAGAGCGAAAUGGCUGCCGACAUCAAGCAGUGGAGGGAAGGUCUAGAGAAGAUAGAAACAGUUAUGGGUGAAGGAGGUGCGACUAUGACGGCCAAUAUGAAGGUGGUAGAAGGGUGGGUAAAAGAUCUAGAAGCCAAAGUGGCUGGGUUGUCGUGAUAGUGGUGAUACUAUCGUAUCUACUUGUGAUUUACAUCGGCCCUGAUACCCUAUUACGAAGCAUCAAACCCUUAACCUUCUGGGAGAAGGGCAAUUAAAGAAGGAUACAAUAAUAUACUUAUGAAUAUCAUGCUACGAUCUCAUGUCAAAAAGGGCAAAAAGUCCC